AUGUCACAAGUAAAAAGAGCCAACGAGAACCGCGAAGCCGUAGGAUUCAUCAAGAAACACAAAAAACAGGUUACAAACCCAAUUGAUGAGAAAGAUGGAACUUCCAACUGUAUAGUGCGUGUUCCCAUCGCUCUCUAUGUUUCUUUGGCACCAAUGUAUCUAGAAAAUCCCUUGCAAGGUAUCAUGAAGCAGCACUUGAACCCAUUAGUAAUGAAAUAUAAUAACAAAGUUGGAGGUGUUGUCCUAGGUUAUGAAGGUUUGAAGAUUCUUGAUGCUGAUCCUUUAAGCAAAGUUGAUGCAUCAGAAAAAUUAAUAAAAAUUACACCAGAUACCCCUUUCGGUUUUACUUGGUGCCACGUAAAUCUGUACGUUUGGCAGCCACAAGUUGGAGAUGUUUUAGAAGGUUACAUUUUCAUUCAAUCCGCUUCACAUAUUGGUCUUUUGAUUCAUGAUGCGUUUAAUGCCAGUAUCAAAAAGAAUAAUAUCCCUAUGGAUUGGACCUUUGUCCAUAACGACAUGGAAGAAGAUGCCGACGUGGUGAACGCAGAUGAAGAUAAUGGUAACAAUAAUAACGAAGAAAAUAAGGACAGCAACGGUGGAAGCAAUAGUCUGGGCAAAUUUUCCUUUGGUAAUAGAUCUUUAGGUCACUGGGUAGACUCCAAUGGUGAACCUAUUGACGGUAAAUUGAGGUUCACGGUGAGAAAUGUUCAUACUACAGGAAGAGUUGUUUCUGUGGAUGGUACAUUAAUAAGCGAUGCCGAUGAAGAAGGUAACGGCUAUAACAGCUCCCGUUCCCAAGCUGAAAGUUUACCUAUAGUUUCAAACAAGAAGAUUGUAUUUGAUGACGAAGUUUCUACCGAAAACAAGGAGAGCCACAGGGAACUAGACCUACCUGAAGUGAAAGAAGACAAUGGUUCCGAGAUUGUAUACGAGGAAAACACCAGUGAAAGCGACGAUGAUGAAUCGAGUGAUAGUGAUUAG